UGCGUCAAGCCGACAGAACUGCUGACCCUCCAUCUGCUGUACGGAGAACUUCUUACUCUCAUCUAUAAAUUUGGAGCAACCUUUUUGAUCCUCAGAAUAUAAGAGUUUGCUGCCUUCCACCGGAGGACCCAUGUGGGUGGUAGAGAAGAUUCGCACAUCAGUAGAGCGAUCCAACCUGCCAAUGCCGUCAGCAGAGCUCAGCUUUAAAAUCACUGACAUCAUGUUGGGAGAAAAGAGUGACAAAUCCAAAAGGAUUUCUCACUGUCCCAACAUCAUCACCCCCGACAACAUCCCAGAGUUCUGCAUCCCACCAACAAUUUUCUCCCUGCAGGAGAUGAAGAGCUCAGAGCAAAAGGGAACAGCUCGUGCUAUCAAGGCGCCUCCCUGUGAGAGGGCUAAACCAGAGGCCGAAGUGACAUUUUACGAGGCACCGCUAAAUCCUCACAUUAUUCAGGUAGAGAGUGUGGAUGAGAGCCCCUGUGACGGCUGCAGUGACGAGGAGACAACUAACGCCGACCCUCAGAGCCAGGCCGCUCUGUCCCUUCCACACCUUGCCAAAGCUCAGACCAGCUAUGGCUUUUGCACCUUGUUAGAGAGCCCCCACACCAGGAGAAAGGAGUCGAUUUUCCAUUCCGAUCCGGGCUCCUCUCCUCUGCUACUGCCCAGGAGUCGUUCCGGUACCUGCUCUAAGUUCUCCCACUCCGCCCCGCCAUCCUCCUGCCCCUCUUCAUUCAGCUUGAACAGCCUGACCUCCAGGCUCUCCCCCAGGAGCUGCACCAUGAACUGGCAGGCCCCUCUGGACAGCGACACGACUUCUUCCACUGAGUCCUCACCUUUCAGCUCCCCCCUGCUGUCCAGGUGCCCAGCCAAGUCUUCCCUUUUCAAAGCACUGAGCCAUGAACUGCUGCUUUCAAGGAACAUAAGAAAAGCAAUGGUGUCCAGAAACAAUUCCCUGUCCACAGAUGAGGGCAGCUCCACAGACAACAGUCCAAAUAUCAUGAGGAGGGCCUCAGAAGGGUUAGCCGAAGGCCUGCCCAAUAACUACAGCCUGGCGCCACCAAACAUUUUCCCCAUGGACUUGACGUUGCACAGAGAGAGGGUCAUGAAGGAGAGAAUGGUGCCUGUAGGAAAAGACGGCAGUCUCAGACUGUCAGCAGAGUACUGUCCAGAUAACCAGAGACUGUGGGUGCGGCUGAUCAGCGCUGAGGGCCUUUAUCCUCUCUCCGUUGACCCAAAGAUUAUCAACUGCAGCGUCAGCCUCUCACUGGUCCCCGGGAAGCUCCAGAAGCAGCGCAGCACGGUCAUCAGAAAGAGCCGCAAUCCGAUAUUCAAUGAAGAUUUCUUCUUUGAUGGUAUCUCAGAGGAAGAGCUCAGCCAGAGAUCGCUUCGCUUUAAAGUGGUGAACAAAAUGUGCACUCUGAAAAGAGACUAUCUCCUAGGUGACUGUGAUCUCCCUCUUUCAAGUAUUGUUACAAUGUAGAUUUAACCGCCUAUGUAAAAGUGUACCGCUGAUUUGGAGAUAUUUAUUUAAAUUUUUGUAUUACAUUAGUUUUGUAUUUAUUAAAUUAUGGAAAGCACUAAGGAGCUCUGUCUUGAAUCUGUCUCAGACUAGAACAUAACACAAUUUUAUUAUAUAGUGACUUUUUUUUAUCAUAAAUCGUUCUAAAUAAUAAGAAGGAAAUUAGAGCACUGAGGAAAUGUUGCCUCUCUGGAUUAAAGUGAAAUAUUUAACAAAUGUUGAGUGGAUGGUUUGUUAAUGAGGAUGCAUCAGCAGCUUGUUUAGUCACAGAGCAACCAUCUCAUAUUUCCUCUAAGCCUGUUGUUUACUUCCUGACCUUUCAAAUGAUUAAAAUAUCACAAGG